AUGAUUUUAGAUCUGCAAGAUAAAAAAUAUUUGAAGAAAGGUGUGUCUACAGAAGCAGAGAUCGAGGAGAUGAAGAUAAAGAACCCUAUUCAAAUCAUCAGCCCUAUACCAAAAGAACUUGCGACUUAUAUAAAUGCAUCCAAUCUUACAAAUGUUAAAGAUCUGCGAGCUGAGCUCUUGAAAGCGCAGGAUUGGGAAAUUAACUGUAGUAUUGAUAAGGAUCAUGGUUUGGAUCGGGCCAAGAACACCACCCAUUCCUUUGUAAGAUUGUAUGAAUCAGGAAAUCUGAAAACUGCUCAUAAGAAAGAAUGGCAUAAUGGGUGUGAGUGGUCAUUGAUUAAUAAUAUAUUCGAUGAUCUUGAAAAUUUACAAGUUGCGAGUGUGGAAAUCUCUAGUGCAGCAACAAUUAAGCGGAAAAAAUUCAACAGAGUGAUUGGUGCGAAAGACAAAAUAGCUCGAUUCAGCGUAGGGCACAAGUACGAUUUAAUUAUACGGGAAAAUAACGUGCAACAUGAACAUGCUUACGAGUAUUGUGUCAGUAAAACCGCAAUUCAGUAUCAGAAUACCAAGAAACUUGAAUAA